AUGUCUCUGGACACUGGCAGGAAUCGGCGCAAACGGGGAUUUUCAUUUUCAUACGUGUCCUACUAUCCAGCUGCGCAGCGGCUGACAGACCAACGUCUCUAUCAGGCUAUUUUCAGGCGUUCGUUCCUGGUUGCAGGCGAUCUCGCGGCCAUUCCUGAGAGCCAGCCAUUUCUCCUAGUUACCAGUAUCGAGUUAUCCAAACUCUACUUUGAGGUUCCUUUUACCCUGUUGUCUCAAAGUUUUUCCCAUGGCUUUUCUUGCCGCUUUCCGCCUUCCUAUCAGGGUGCUGGUGACAUCACGACUCGACCAAAAAUCGACGGAGUAGCGGAUUGGUCAUGGGUUCUUCCCGCUCUCGGUGCCCGGGGAUACGUACGGAAGACAUGUCCGGCAUCCUCCAGGUUCACCUAUGGUUUGAAGGUCCACAAUGGGCUUAGAUUAUGA